AGCAUGUUCCCUCGGGGGCCGCCGGUCGGCCUGGCCGCCUGGUUGGUGGGCGCGGCGGCGGCGGCGGCCGGGCGCGCGGGGGCGCGGGGCGGGGGCCUGCUCGCCCUGCUGGCCAAUCAGUGCCGCUUCGUGACGGGCCUGCGCGUGCGGCGCGCGCAGCAGAUCGCGCAGCUCUACGGCCGCCUCUACUCGGAGAGCUCGCGGCACAUCCUCCUCGGUCGCCUCUGGCGCCGGCUGCGCGGACGCCCGGGCCAUGCCUCUGCCUUGAUGGCGGCGCUCGCCGGCGUGUUUGCGUGGGACGAAGAGAGGAUCCAGGAGGAGGAGUUGCAGAGAUCCAUUGAUGAGAUGAAACGGCUGGAGGAGAUGUCAGGUAUGUUUCGGAGCUCUGGAGUUGAACACCACCCUCCAGAACCAAAAUCCCAAACAGAAGGGACUGAAGAUUCAGGAGGCAAAGAGCAACCGUGGGAAAUGGUGAUGGAUAAGAAACACUUCAAGCUGUGGCGGCGCCCCAUUGCAGGCACCCACCUUUACCAGUACAGAGUUUUUGGAACCUACACAGAUGUGACACCCCGGCAGUUCUUCAAUGUUCAGCUGGAUACAGAGUAUAGAAAAAAGUGGGACGCUCUGGUGAUCAAGCUGGAAGUGAUUGAGAGGGAUGUGGUUAGCGGUUCUGAGGUUCUUCACUGGGUAACCCAUUUUCCUUAUCCAAUGUACUCACGGGAUUAUGUUUAUGUUCGGCGGUAUAGCGUGGAUGAGGAGAACAACGUGAUGGUGUUGGUGUCACGUGCCGUGGAGCACCCUAGUGUGCCAGAAUCUCCGGAAUUUGUAAGGGUCAGAUCAUACGAAUCCCAAAUGGUUAUCCGUCCACACAAGUCAUUUGAUGAGAAUGGCUUUGACUACUUGCUGACAUACAGUGACAAUCCCCAGACUGUGUUUCCUCGCUACUGCGUUAGCUGGAUGGUUUCCAGUGGCAUGCCAGAUUUCCUGGAGAAGCUGCACAUGGCCACUCUGAAAGCCAAGAACAUGGAGAUCAAAGUAAAGGACUAUAUCUCGUCUAAGCCUCUCGAAGUGGGUAGUGAAGCCAAGGCCACCGCCCCAUCUUCUGAGCGGAAGAGCGAGGGUAGCUGUGGCCCUGCCCGGAUCGAGUACGCCUGAAGGGCUUUGGGAUAAGCAGGGACAGGCUGCUUCUAGCCCUGUCUCGGUGUCUUAUCACUCACUCUACUGCAGAACAGGACGUGUAUUCGAAGGUGUCUGCUGUAACCACCAGUGCAAGAUAAUUCAAACUGGUGUCCAGUCUCAUUCAGAGCCCUGUUGCUCUUUAUCAAAACAGAAGAAGGAGGCAUCUGACGGGGCAUUGUCAUAUUCUCAGGCCAAGCAUUUGGAAAUUUGAUGUUUCACUGAGCUAACCUGGAACCAGCCUCUCACCUCAGGCCAGAGGGGACAACAUCUUUUGCUUCCUCUGAGUGGUUUCCUCUGCCCACAUUCCAUUCUCAGCCUCGGUUCUGCAGCACUUUGGGUUUCCUUCAGUUCUGAAGGUCCAGCUGGACCACCUGGAUGGUUGAGUCUUCAGUGAAGGGUCGUAGGGAGUGUUCUUGGUCACAGUCCUGGUGUUGAGUGGGUGUGAACUGUUACUUGGCAGUGUAAGUGCCUUGUCCUCACCUUCUCCUGUCCUUAGGGACAUAAAGUUUGUACCAAGAAAUCUCUCUUCUCGCCUCCCAUUCACACCCCAUUGACUCACCCUGCUCAAAGCAGUUUCCUUUGAGUUGGCCAGUUCUUCAGUAUUCGUGUGCUAGGUCGUCGCUUCCUUCCAUAGCCCAUUUACCAAGAACACUGGGAAACUAAUCCUGUUAGACGGUAGCUGUCUGCAUCAUCAGUGUCUUUGAUAUGGUCAGUGGAGAUGCUCAGCAUAUUACACUUUAGCUUUUUGUUUCUUUUUGUUUUUUAACCUUUGUGUUAAAAAGUGGGAACUGGGGAGCGGAAUAGGAUUUUUCCAUAGUCUGACUGUAUAGAAAGCACCAUUUCGAUUCAGGCAUUACUUUUCACACUUCAGGUUUGACUGGAUGCUGAGCACUUGUCCGUCUUGGAAGGCCAAAGGCAGAAGAGUGGGGGUUGGAGCUCUCAGAGCUGCAGACAAGCUGUGUGAACAGAUAGAUGGAAUCUUGUCCCAAAUGCUUAUAUAAAGGGGGAUGUGGUAUGUGACCUACUUGUCCCUCUGAAAAGCUUUUGCUACUCUUCCAAGCUAAACCAAAAGCAAACUAUGCUGUUAAGAGAAAGUCACAAUCAGAUGGGAUCAGCUUGGCCUGGCUGAUGUGGCUUAAGGUCAUGCUGCCCUCUGACUGGAGAAUCGAGAACAGGCUUUGAAUCCUCCUCCCUCCUCUUAUUAGAAUUAGAACGACCAGAUUUCCCCCCCACCCCCCACUUGCUAUCCUUUUGUGUUGUUGAAAGGCGAGCUAAACUGGAGACUAACUUUAAGUCCCUUGACCUUUUUGUUGCCUAAGUUUUGUGCCAAGGAAAUGCCUGCCCCAGUGUUUCAUGUCUUGCAUUCUCUGUGUCGUUGGCAGAGCAGGGAGAUGCGUCAGGCAGUCCCAGCUUCUCUUCAGUGAUCGUGUAUCCCUCCUCAUCCCAGGACCUGACAGAGGCCAGGGAAGAGUCCCUGGGUUGUGUCAGAACUUCGCACCUGUGGUUGUUGGGAUGUGGGUGGCGUGGGUGAGUGGCGUGAGUGCAUGGGGGUUAAGGAGCUGUGUGUUGCUCAUGUGCUUUUUGGCCAUUUGACUCUGCAUUUGGGGUUGGUCCAUGUAGUUACUUAUGUCAUUGUAAUGAUUUCGCUCCCGACUGUGACAUUUUUAUCAAACGUGUGAAUAAAUACGUAAAGAUUGGUAUGAAAGAGUGUGUCUUUGGACAGAUGUUGGUGGGGAAAUCUUGCAUACUGGGCUUAUUAUUUCUUCCUGAUCAUAAAGUUGAAGUGUGUUUCUGCUGAGAGAGUUGGCACGUGGAAGUGGCAGGGCUUGGUCUUUCUUAGCAGUAACUGGUGCACCGCUCACCACCUUGUCUGGACUGUAAGCCCUUUCCAGGCGAGCAGUGUGGCAACUGAAAACAAACCACUUAUUUCUACUUUGUCUUGAUCAACUAGUGAGCCAUGCCCUUUGCUUUAAAAGAAGGAUCGACGUGGAGCAAAGAGCGUUCGAGCUUUGUUGGGAGGGAGUGAGGAGAGGUGGAGACUCAGGCCUGGGGCUGGAGUUGUGGGGCUGGAGAAGGAGGGUGGUGGGAAGUAAGGUCACAUGGGCAGUUCUGCUGGAAUGCGGAUUUGUGCCCAGGUCACUGAUUCAGUGGAGACGCUGAGCAUGAAUUUUGAGUUUAUGUGUGAUUUUGCCUGUGGGAGACAUGAGAUGAACCCAACGCACAGCCAAACUACCAAUAGCUCUUUCCUCCCUAUUGCUCUCAGAUAAUCCCUGGAAAGAUGUCUGCUGGAAGACUACUGUCAGAGAUCAUAUGCUGUGGGUGCACAUGUGUCUGUAUAACCUCACAUUUUUGUUGUUUUUAUUCAUUUGCUUUUAAAAUAAAUACUUAUUUGGCUGCACCUUUGGUCUUAGUUGCAGCAGGAUCUAGUUCCCUAACCUGGGAUCAAACCCGGGCCUGCUGCAUUGGGAGCACGGGGUCUUAACCACUGGACCAUCAGGGAGGUCCUCGUAUAGCCUCACAUCUGGAGAGCUGGCUGCUCUGGCCUUCAGCCUGCUGCAGAGGCCCCUGCCCAGCGCCCCUGGUGUUCUCCAGGCUCUGCGUGAACACUUCCACGGAGAAGCGGCAGAGUUCUUAACUGAGCAGCGUUUCUGUUGUCAGAUAGCUCCGGCCUUCAGAAAGUUCUUUACGUUGAGACCAAGUGGGCCUCAUACUGUCUACUGACCAGUCAAGCCCUGUCCUUGGAGCAACACUGCAAAACUCUGCCAUGGGAUAGAGCUUCAUGUUCUUGAAGAUGGUGCUCAUGUGACAGCUUUUCCCAGGCUUUAUGUCACCAGCAGCUUCAAAAAUCCUCCAGCUUUUUAUUCCGAACAAUUUCAUGCAUGUAGAAAAGUUGAAAGAGUAAUUUAAAAAAAAAGCCUUAUACGCCCUUCCCCUGCCUUUGCUGGUUAACAGCGUGCUAUAGUUUGUGCUUUAUCUUCCUCUUUGUACACACUUUGCUAUGACUGGACUGUGUCCUAAAAUUCCAAUGCUGGGGCCUAACCUGCAAUGUGAUGGUGGAGAUGUGACCUUUGGGGCUGAUAGGUUUAGAUGAGGUCAUGGGGGGGGGGUCCCCAUGAAGGGAUUAGUGCGCUUAUAUGAACCUGCUAGAGACUCACUAGUUCUCCCUCUCCGGCAUGUGAGGACAUAGGUUGGAAAGCCAGAGAGAGCUCUCACCAGGAAAUGGAAUCAACCAGCAUCUCGAUCUAGGACAUUUAGCCUCCAGAACUGUGAGAAAUAAACUUAUGUUGUUGAAGCCACUCAGUCUGUGGUAUUUUGUUAUUUUGG